CUCCGGCGGCGAGGUGAGCAGGUGCUCGAUCUGGAGGGAUUGGCCAACCAUCGUGGCUCUGCGUUCGGUGCUAUUGGCCAGUCCGGGCAGCCUAGCAAUGAGGCCUACGAGAACAUCCUCGCCUUCGCCGUGCGCCGCGUGAAGCCUGGCGCGCGGCUCUGGCUCGAGCACGAGUCCAGACACGUCGGCAAGGUACUUGUCCCGCCUGGCAUCCUUUCCUGGCUUACGAAGCCCAGUGCCAUGCUCAUUCUCUCUAUGGAGCAAUGCUUGCGGGUACAGAGGUUGGUGGAAGACUAUUGUACCGAGGCAAAGCUGAAAGACUGUGGCAGGGAAGAGCUGAAGCAGUGUAUCUCUGGAGGUUUGGCCAAGAAGUUGGGCGGUCAACGAGUCAAGGAGGCACUGCAGAUGUUGGAUGAAGGACGUUGGGAGGAGGUGGCCGCAAUGAUGUUAGACUACUACGACAAGCUCUACGUCAACUGGGCCAGGCAGAGCGAAUGCUUAAAGCGAAUCGACGUCGACUGUCCGAGUGUGGAUGCCGCCGCGAAUGCCGAGCUGGUGCUGCUCGCCACUGAAAGGACCGAGGCAGCCGCUGAAAAGCCCGAGCCGAUGGUCGAAACGCAGAACGGCUGGGUCGCACAGGGAGCCCUCUACGAGGGGGCCUGCUACUGUGGCGAGGUGCGCGUUCGAUGCCGGGGGGAGGCACGGGCCAUCAGCUACUGCCACUGCUCUGUUUGCAGACGCCUCUCCGGAGCACCCUUCUCAUGCCAAGCCCUUUUCCAAGAGGACCAGGUCUCCUUGGAGCUUCAGCCCGGGGCCAGCCUCGCAGCGCUGCGUACCUCCAAAGGCGUGGAGCGCAGCCGCUGCGGCUCCUGCUUCGCCCCUGUGCGCGGCACCCUGCAAGGAGGGAAGCUCGUCGCUUUGCCACUGGUCUUGCUCGCCUGCUGGAGGGGCCAAGAGGGCGAAAGCGCAGGGCCGAUUCCGAGGCUGAGGCCCAGGCAUCAUCUCCACUACGACGAUCGGGUCAUGGAUGUACGUGAUGGGCUGCCAAAGUAUGCAGCCGGCCUGCGCGACACAGGUCGACUUCCAGAGAGCGAGUGGUGA